CAUUCCUUCCCUUGGAAACGCUGCAGGCUGAGGAGCCAACUAGAGUUUGUCACGGCUGCAGCACACAUCCACAUCUACAAGGCCUCUUGUACAGCUCACAGUUUCAAUUCUUACUGUAAUUCGUCAAGUUUUUCUUUAGCAAGGAGAAUGUUUGCCUGUUGCAUCGCCCCCCUCCUGCUGCUGCUCCUUUUCGCCGCCGUGGAGAGUAACCCUAGUCCGGUGGGAGAUGUAGUCGUGGACGCACAAUUUAUCCCUCCGCUGUGCACACGACAAGCCCAAAAUGGAGAUCAGGUUCGGUACCAUUACAACGCCACUUUUGUCGACGGGAAAAUGUUUGACUCGAGCCACCAGCGGGGAGCCGCCAAGGUGGGCCUCCUGGGGGAGGGUCGCCUCAUCGCCGGUAUAGAGAAAGGUCUGCUGGGUAUGUGUGUCAAUGAGCGGAGGACCAUCACCGUGCCGCCUCACCUGGCCUACGGUAGCAGUGGAGCAGGUGACAUGGUUCCCCCAGACACCACGCUGGUCUUUGACAUCCACCUCUUGGACUUGUGGAACCAAGCUGAUCUGGUGGUGACCAAGACCAUCAGCACCCCGAAGCACUGCAAGCGCUCGGUGAUGCGCACAGACUUUGUGCGCUACCACUACAAUGGCACCCUGCUGGACGGCACCACCUUUGACUCCAGCUAUGUCAGGAAGCAGACCCGCGACUCCUUGGUGGGCGAGGGCUGGCUGAUCAAGGGGAUGGAUGAGGGCCUGCUUGGCAUGUGUGUGGGUGAGAUUAGGAAUAUCAUCAUCCCGCCCUUUAAAGCCUACGGAGAAAAAGGCUCAGGUGCAGAGAUCCCCCCUCAGGCCACUCUGGUGUUUGACGUCCUGCUGGUGGACAUUCACAACCCGAAAGACAACAUCACCAUCGAGGACCAGGUGGUGCCCGAGUCAUGCACGCGCAGGACCGUGGCAGGCGAUUACAUCCGUUACCACUACAACGGAAGCUUCCUGAAUGGCGUUACUUUCGACACCAGCUACCAGAGGAACAGCACGUACAACACGUACAUCGGGAUGGGCUACGUGAUAGCAGGCAUGGACCAGGGCCUGCAGGGGGUCUGCAUGGGGGAGCGGAGGAGGGUCACCAUCCCACCACACCUGGCAUACGGGGAAGGUGGAGCAGGUCAUGUGAUCCCACCAUCCGCUGUGCUGGUUUUUGACAUCCACGUCAUCGACUUCCACAACCCAAAUGACAAAGUGGACAUCCAGGUCCUCCACCGACCAGACGCGUGCAACGAGACCACGGCCACGGACGACCUCGUCCGCUACCACUACAACUGCACCCUAGUGGAUGGCACGCCACUCUUCUCGUCACAUGACUAUGAGAACCUUCAGGAUGCGGUUCUGGGCUCAGACAAGGUGAUCGACGGCCUGGACGAGGGCUUGCGGGGCAUGUGCGUGGGGGAGAGGAGACUGGUGACUGUGCCGCCUCAUUUGGGCCACGGAGAAAGGGGAGCCACUGGCGUGCCCAGCAGCGCCGUGCUGGUGUUUGACAUAGAAAUGGUGAGCUUCGAGAAGGGCGUGCCCCCUGGUUACCUGUUUGUGUGGCUGGAGGACAGCCCUGCAGAACUCUUUCAGGCAAUGGACAUCAACAAGGACGGGGAGGUCCCCCAAGAGGAGUUUGGCAACUUCAUCAAGUUCCAGGUGUCAGAGGGCAAAGGUCGCCUGCGGCCCGGGCUGGCAGCCGAGCAGGUGAUUGGCGACAUGUUCUCCAACCAGGACCGCAACAAAGACGGACGCAUUACAGGCGACGAGCUCAAGCUGAAGGUGGACGAGGACAAAGAGCGAGAACAAGCGCAACAUGACGAGUUGUGAUGACGGCAGAGCAACUUCCUUGUCUCAGGGACAAAAAGGACUCAAGAGACUUCUGCAAACAGUUUGUUUUAAUAUAUAUAUAUUUUUAUAUAUAUGUAACUUACUUUAGCUGGAGGUGAAUGGGUCUGUUGUUCUUUUUUUGGGGACUAGACAAAGAAGAACCCUAAUUGAAACAUUUUCAGAACAGUUGGAUGCUUAAAACCACACUAAAAGGUGAGUGAAAAGCACAAUAUACAGUAUCAUAUUGUCAUAUGAAAAAGAACUCCAAAUGUUUCUUAAUCACCCCCCAUGGAGAUGCAUGUAUACAUUUUUUUUUUUUUUUUUUUUUUUUUUUUUUU